GCGGCGGCUCGCGGCCCGAACGUUGGGGCCGCCCGGCCCCGCCCCGCGCUGUUGUUUGUGGUGUCGGCGGGGCCGCGCGAGCCGGACCCACCACAACAUUCGGCCGGCGGCGAGCGCGAGCCCAGUCAGGGGCGGCCGGCCGGGGUGGCCGGGCCUCGCGGGGCGCCAUGUCGGUGAACAUGGAAGAGCUGCGGCACCAGGUCAUGAUCAACCAGUUCGUGCUGGCCGCGGGUUGCGCGGCCGACCAGGCGAAGCAGCUGCUGCAGGCGGCCCACUGGCAGUUCGAGACCGCCCUGAGCACGUUUUUCCAAGAAACCAACAUUCCCAACAGUCACCACCACCAUCAGAUGAUGUGCACGCCCAGCAACACGCCUGCCACACCGCCCAACUUCCCUGACGCGCUGGCCAUGUUCUCCAAGCUCCGCGCCUCGGACGGUCUGCAGAACGGCAACAGCCAUACCGCCGUGGCCUGCUCCCCGCCUGCCAACUUCAGCCCCUUCUGGGCCUCCUCCCCGCCCAGCCACCAGGCGCCCUGGAUCCCGCCCUCCUCCCCCACCGCCUUCCACGGCCUGCACUGCCCACAACCCACGUGGCCCCCUGGCGCCCCUCAGGCGGCCCCCCAGCAGAAAGCCAUGGCGGCCAUGGACGGCCAGAGAUGAGACUGGAGGCCCAGGCGCUGGGCUGGAGCCGGGGGCAGUCCAGGGUUGUGGGGACAUGAAGUGCCCGGGGUGGGGGGCACAGGGGAGGGGGGCUGGGUUUCCUGAAGAUCGCACUGGAAGAUUUUAUAAAAAGAUUUUUUUUGGGGGGGGGGACAGUAAACUUCUGGGCCACUUGGGUCCUUCAGGAGUUUUUCUUCGGGCAAGCUUUGUUCCUUUUUAAUAUAGAACUAUAAUAUAUAUGGAUCUAUAAAUAGAACUAAUGUAUGCGAGAACAGUGGGGGAAGGGGCCUUUCCUAGCACCAGGGGUGAGGGAUCAGUGAACCGCACCUCCCCCACAGCACAGCCACAGCCCCAGGCAACAUGUCCAGGGGUCUCCCUGCCUCUGCCUGGCUCCUGGUUGCUGGCAGUGUCCCUCCACGGCUCUGCAGCUCCAUCACCGGCCUCCAGCUGGAUGUGCAUGUGGGGUUUGCAGGACUGAAGAGCCGGCUUGCGUGGAAAGCCAGAGCCUGCGUGACUGCCCCCUCCCCGCAUUGUCCCAUGCACACCUGCGCUGGGGAUGUGGGCACGAAGACCAUGCCUAUGGGGUUUUUAUUCCCAAAUCAAAAUCUCAUCUCGCCAGGGUGGAAUGUUAAUUUAAAAACUUGUAAAAAAAAAAACAGAGACUUUUGUAACUUC